GCCCGAGCUGUUUGAUUGGAGCAUUGUGGAGAAGCAGAAGAGUGCCAUGGAGAGAUUGGAUCACGCCUUCAGCAAGGCUGAGCAAACCCUGGGCAUAGACAGACUGCUGGACGCUGAGGAUGUGGCGGUGCUGCACCCUGAUAAGAAGUCAGUCAUCAUGUACAUAACAUCUCUGUUCCAAGUGCUGCCUCAGGGCGUAACCAUGGAGGCCAUCCAGGAAGUAGAGACUCUGCCUCGGACCGUCGUCAAGCAGGAGGAACACUUCACCAUCCAGACCCAACAACGCUACUCCCAACAGAUCACAGUGAGUGUGUCUCAGGGGCGGGUUCGUACCCCCUCCACCUCUCCUAAACCUCACUAUAAAAGCUAUGCCUACAGUCAAGCUGCAUAUGUCAAGUCACCUGAACAAAAGAGGAGACGCUUUACUGAGCAGACCCAGCUGCUGCGUGGGGGCAGUCAGGAUGACCUGGAGCGGGGCCCCCCUGGCCCUGGGGCCACCCUCUGGAAGACUCCUUUUCCAUCUCCCUGCUGCUUCCUCCUCCUGCAGAGGAUGGCCCAGGCCCAGACCCAGCUGCACGGCUACAUGGUGGAGCUGACGUCCCACCAGGGCAGUGUGGGCAGGGUGCUGCGUGCGGGCAGUGCCCUCCUGGGUGAGGGUCAUUUAACGGAGGAGGAGGAGAAAGAGGUCAGGGAGCAGAUGAACCUCCUCAACUCCCGCUGGGAACACCUCAGAGUGGCUAGCAUGGAGAAACAGAGCAGACUCCACGAGGUGUUGAUGGACCUUCAGCACCAGCAGUUGAAGCAGCUCACUGAUUGGUUGGAGCUGACAGAGGGACGGAUCAAGAGGAUGGGGGCUCAGCCUAUGGGGCCAGACCUGGAGGAUGUUAAACACCAAGUAGAGGAACACAAACUGUUGCAGGAGGACCUAGAGUUGGAGCAGGUGCGUGUCAACUCUCUGACACACAUGGUGGUGGUGGUGGAUGAGAACAGUGGAGACAGCGCCACCGCUGCCCUGGAGGAGAAACUACAGCACCUGGGAGACCGGUGGGCAGCCAUCUGUAAGUGGACAGAGGAGCAUUGGGUUCUGCUACAGGAGAUCCUGCUCCAGUGGCAACACUUCACUGAGGAACAGUGUUCGUUUGACUCAUGGUUGACUCAGAAGGAGAACUUGGUUCUGUCCAUCCAGAGCAGUGGCAUCAAGGAGCAGAGUGACAUGGUGGCCAACCUGAGAAGACUAGCGACGGUGAAGGGUGACCUGGAGAUGAAGAGACCGACCAUGGACAAGCUGUGUUCUCUGUGUCAGGACCUCGUCUCCUCAGUGAAGAACAAAGAGGUGGCUCAUAAGCUGGAAGCCAGGCUGGAGAGCUUCGCCCAACGCUGGGACAAACUGGUGCAGAGCCUGGAUAGGAGCAGCUCACAGAUCUCGCUGGCUGUAACCACGGUGCAGACCGAGCAGACGAAACUGACACACUCGGUGACGGCAAGUGUAUCCAAGGUGACGACGCGUGAGAAGGUGGUGGUGAAGAAUACUAAAGCAGCGCUGCCCUCUCCACCGCCCCAGAAGAAGAGACAGAUUGUUGUCGAAUCAGAGCUCAGGAAAAGGUUUGACAUGGACUUCACUGAGCUGCACAGUUUCAUCACGCGCUCCAAGGCCAUCCUACAGAGCCCAGAGUUCUCCAUGUCCAGGAAGGAGGGCAGCGUACAGGAGCUCCACGAUAAAGUCCUGGCGAUAGAGAGGGAGAGGCCAGAGAAGUUGCGGAAGCUUCAGGAAGCAACUCGUUCGGCACAGGCUUUGCUCGAUCAGCUGGCGAGCG